AUGAUACAACAUCCGUCGGCGUCCCUUCGAGCACGCAACAAUUUACCAGCUCCAGCAUUUGUCCCUGCAGAUGCCGUCGGGGAUUCUGUCGUUGUCGAUGCUGUAGUUUGCGAUGCUGUGGUUGGCGAUGCUGUAGUUGACGAUACUGUAGUUGACGAUUCUGUGGUUGGGGACGCUGUGGUGGUCGAUGCUGUGGUAAGCGAUGAUGUUGUUGACGAUUCGGUGGUUGACGAUACUGUGGUUGACGAUUCUGUGGUUGGGGUUGCUGUGGUUUGGGAUGCUGUGGUUGGCGAUGAUGUUGUUGACGAUACUGUGGUUGACGAUACUGUGGUUGGGGUUGCUGUGGUUUGGGAUGCCGUGCUUGGGGAUGAUGUUGUUGACGAUACUGUGGUUGACGAUUCUGUGGUUGGGGACGCUGUGGUGGUCGAUGCUGUGGUUAGCGAUGAUGUUGUUGACGAUUCGGUGGUUGACGAUACUGUGGUUGACGAUUCUGUGGUUGGUGAUGCUGUGGUUGGAGAUGCUGUGGUUGGCGAUGUUGUUGUUGACGAUACUGUGGUAGACGAUUCUGUGGUUGGUGAUGCUGUGGUUGGAGAUGCUGUGGUUGACGGUGCUUUGCUUGAAGCCGUAGUUGAUGUCGAUCCGGCGGUUGAGUCGCCAGCCGUUGACGAUACUGCACUCACCUGGACUGCCUGCUGUGACGAAAAGAAAUUCCCGGAGUCCGUUGCACAGAUUGUUUUGGUAUCUGACCCACUGACAAGUUGGAGGCACUUACUCUCACCACCCUAG